AUUUUUAGAAAGUGAAAAUGAAGAGGAAAGGAGAGAAGAGAGGGAUUUUUAGGUGAUGAUUUGGGGGGAGGAAGAGGAAAGUGGUCCCAGAGGGGGCAGGAAGUAGGAAAUCUAAGGGUAAUAAGAGAGACACGUUGAUAGAAUCCAACCUAGCUAGGCGCAACUCUAAUGUUAGUAAUGUAACUGUGAGAGAGAGCGAUAAAAUUGUUGUGAGUAAGAGAGUUGUUAAGAAAAAUCUCCUUCCUCCAAAGGAAGAGGGUGAUAGCAAAAAGACACUGAUACUGGAUCUGGAUGAAACAUGUGCUCAUUCCUCAUUCACUGAGUUUAAGAAUUCUAAUUUUAAGCAAUGCAUUGUGUAUGAAGGUAUCUCUUAUACCAUUCAUGUGCUGAAAAGACCACACCUUCAAGAAUUUUUAGAGAAAAUGUCAAAAAUUUAUGAAAUAGUAUUUUAUACGGCAAGUGUUCGGGAAUAUGCAGACCAUGUGCUCGACUUCAUCGAUCCCGAUGGCAUCGGCUCAGCUAGGUUAUUUAGAGAAGACUGAAGACACAUCGAAGGGAGUUUUGUGAAAGACCUUACUCAUCUAGGUAGGGAUUUAAAAUAAGACUAUUAUUAUUGAUAAUUCACCUAUUGCUUACUGACUGAACCCCACUAAUGGGAUACCUAUUAAGAGUUUUUAUGAAGAUAUCCACGAUGAGGAGCUGCUCAGCAUGAUACCAGUGCUGGAACAUCUCGCUACACUAGAUAAUGUCCAAGAAUUUAUUGAACAACAAAUGCAGCAGAUGAAGUCACUACCAGAUUAUGUUUUAAGGAAUUCUGGCCAGACUCCUUCAUCAGGUACUGAACUGGGAAACAAGGAUUCUGCUGCCACUAGGAAUUUUAAGUACUCUAAUGAUGAAGUAGAGGAUUUUAAGGAGAGCAUCGAGGCUUUUGAUGAUGAACUUAAGCUGGAAGAUAUUAGUGAGUCUUUUAGCAGGAAUGAGCAAGAAUCUCGAAUUCUUUCAAAAUAUGCCAGUUCAGCUUUGAAUAAGCCAAAAGGUAUGCUGGCUAGGUAUAAUGAAAUGAGCGCAAUAAGAAAACCAAGAGAGGAAAAGAAUGAAGUUUCUAAUGAUGUAUUUCAAAUUGGCCAAGGUAGCCAGGCUGAAAAUAACUUUGCAUCGGGUGUUUCAUCUAGUACUCAAAAUUGCCACUUUUCUCGAGAAAAUGUUCGUUAUCAACAAGUCUCUUUAAAAUAAGACAAUCCCAAAAACCCUAAUAACACGAAAAAGAUCGCCAGAUGAAGCUCAAGCCCGUCUAAAAUAAGAUUAUCCGAAACUCCCUGAACGGGCUAAACAAUCACAAAAUCCUUCUAAAAUGAGACAAAAUCAGAUCCCAAACCUCUGCUCUAAACCCUCUAAAACCGGCUCUAAAAAGCCUGGUUGAGCUCUUCUCAAGCUCAAUCUCCACUAACAUAAACAGCCUUGCCCAACCCUCCACCUCAAAAUCCAAAAAACCACUCAAAAAACUAACUUUGACUGCUAAAAUUCCAGACCAAAAAUCAACUUUCUGCUCUAAGCCAGCCUCCAAGCCUAGCUCAGUAGCCUUAGGGAAGCUUCUAUCUUCAGAGCCGAGGAUUAAGCAGUAUCCAUAUACGUAGGCUCCUUAGUGGAGCUCCAGAGCACAAAAGGCUGGAAAACCCCUAUGCAUAAUUUUUAUUCAACACAUUUUU